AUGACUGGAAGUAAUAAUAGUAGUAAUAAAGAAUUAAAUAAGUUAAAUGUAAAUAACAAAGUGAUAAAAACACCUGUAAUGAAUAGAGGUAAAGGAAAGCCUUUAACAAUAGCGGAAAUUAAGGCAAAAGCGGCUGCUAAAGAAGCUGAAAUAAAAAAACAGGCUGAAUUGAAGAAACAACAAGAAGAGACCCAAAGAUUAAGAUUAAUUGAGAUUGAGAAAGAAAAGAAAAAAAAAGAACAGGAAAAAGAAGAACAGAUCAAAAUUCAACAAGAGGCUGAUAAAAUGAAAAGAAGUGUUUUAAAAAUGAAUAUAAAACCUACUAAAAAAGAAGUAGUGAAAGAUAAACAAGUCAAAGAAGUUAUUAAGGAUUUUAAAAGUCCAAUUUGUUGUAUAUUAGGACAUGUUGAUACUGGAAAAACAAAAUUACUUGAUAAAUUAAGAGAGUCAAAUGUUCAAGGAUUAGAAGCUGGUGGAAUAACACAACAAAUAGGAGCAACUUUUUUUCCAGUUGAUAUGCUAAUGAAAAAGUGUAAUAUAGAUCUUCCAGAUUUACCUGGAAUAUUAAUUAUUGAUACACCAGGACAUGAAUCGUUUAGUAACUUAAGAUCUAGAGGAUCAUCACUAUGUAAUUUAGCCAUUUUAGUUGUUGAUAUUGUUCAUGGAUUAGAACCACAAACAAUAGAAAGUAUAAAACUGUUAAGACAGAGAAAAACACCUUUUAUUGUAGCUUUGAAUAAGUUAGAUAGAAUAUAUGAAUGGAAAAGUAAUGAAUAUGGAAAUUUUAGCUAUGAUAAACAGGAUUAUGCAACACAACAUGAUUUUGACGAUCAGUUAUUAAGAGUUAAGGGUGAAAUGGCCCAAUUAGGAAUUAAUACAAAAUUGUUUAAUGAAAAUGAUCAGCCUAAAAAGUUUAUUUCACUUGUUCCAACCUCUGCUAUAACAGGAGAAGGAAUACCUGAUCUAGUUAAAUUAUUUUUAGAACUAUCAUAUAAGUUUAUGUUGGAGAAGAUGAGGAUUAAGGAAGAAACAGAGUGUACGGUUUUAGAAGUAAAAAAUGUUGAGGGAUUUGGAGUAACACUUGAUUGUAUUUUAAGUAAUGGAAAAUUAAAUGAAGGAGAUAAAGUAGCCUGA